AUGUACAAGUUAAAUGUCGCGUCAUCCUCGAACUGUAAUUGCAGUCAACUACAUCAGACAAUAUCGCACAUUGGCCAACCCGAAGAUAUGUUCAACGAAUUGCCGGAAACUAUUUCAUGGAUAAAUAAUCUUAACAACAAACUAUGGAUGUCCACCGAAAUAAACCGAAAUAAUUUAGUUCGUUCCACUAAAAGUACCAUAUUCAAGUAA